CUUUAAUCGUCUGUGUAACAAUUCACCCCAGUAUCACACUAAGUCCAGGUGUUCAGUUCUGUCAGAAUCAUCCAGCUAUCUGGUUCAGAUGGCAUGUAAUCAUGAUAUUCAAAACCACCCAUUGAGAUAUCGAGCCAGUUUACAUUUCAGUGCCUAAGUUCAUGGGUGCAUGAAGCGGAGCAGCUGAAUAGUUGAUGAGGCUGUCGAGGGAGACUGGCAGUGAUGAGGUGAGGGAGAGAAUGGAAAGUCUGGCACUUGCUUUGUCUUUGCCACCCUGCUUGAACUGAGCUGGAGAACAAUGGUGGAAAAUUACUGUGUGUGAGGGAGAGAGAGAGAGAGAGAGAGAGACAGAAAGAGAAAAAACUAAGAGAGAGAAACCUGGCGAGAGAGAGAGAGAGUGAGACAGUGAGGGAGAGUAAGUAGGAGAGAGAAAGAGAAGCUCAGCACAAAAAGAAGUCCAGAAAUAAAGUUGUCACAGAGGUGCAGUGAUGUUAAAAGUGGCUUCGUGAUCACAGUGCUUAGUCAGGGAGCAGAGAUGGAGAGGCCAGCACCUGGAGGAGGCAGGGGACGCUUCAGCUGGGACUGCUGGAGAAAUCUGCUGCUGCCCCAGUUAAACAGGCAGUCUCUGUAUGUGUAUGGAAGUGAAGUGGCUGUGGAGAAGGAGUGCAUCAGACAGAGAGAGAGAGGAGUGUUUGUCAUCCAUCCCUUCAGUCCAUUAAGGAGUUACUACAUAAUGUGCAUGGUGGCCAUCACUUUUCUCAACCUGAUUGGGAUCCCAAUAGAGAUUGCCUUUUUAGACGGUCAGUCCGGCGUCGGCUGGGAGGGUUUCAACGUGUUCUCAGACACUCUGUUCCUGAUUGAUGUAGGGCUCAACUUUCGCAUGGGCAUAAUUCCAGAGGACGGUGAGGCAGCCAUUCUUGACCUGAAAUGCAUUCGACAAAAUUAUUUAAAGAGUUGGUUUGUGCCAGAUAUGAUCGCAGCAUUUCCAGUGGGUUACAUAAUACUAAUUGCGGAUCUACAGUACCACAGUGACUCUCCCUCCUCCAAAGCCAGUAAAAUGGUACGAAUUCUUAUGUUUGUGAGGAUCAUCAGUCUUGUCCGGUUGCUGCGGGUCUCCCGGCUGGUCAGGUUUUUUAAUGAAGUUGAGAAAGUCUCAAACGCAAACCUGGAGGUGGUUAGAGUCUUCUUCAGAAUCUUGUCUUUGUUUAUGAUGAUUUUUCUUCUGUGUCACUGGAACGGCUGUGUGCAGUAUUUCGUUCCGAUGCUGGAAGAGUUCCCCACAGACUGCUGGGUCCGCCGUGAGAAUCUGAUGAAUGCUACAGUGGGGGAGAAGUACUCGUUUGGUGUCUUCCGUGCACUCUCACACAUGACAGCAAUAUCUUAUGGUUCCAGCGAGACACCAACAAAUGAUGUGGAGCUGUGGAUUGUCAUGACCAGCAUUGUGUCUGGAGCUCUGAUGUAUACAGUCCUGGUUGCCAACACGGUUGCACUGAUGUCAGAUGCAGAUAUCCCAGCAAGAAUUUAUAAGAGCAAGAUGAAUGAUUUGGAAGACUAUAUGAUCUUCUUGAAGCUUCCCAAAGCCCUGCGUAUUCGCAUCAGCAAUUACUAUCAGACUCGUCACCAGGGAAAGUGGUAUGACGAGAAGGAUGUUCUAAACUGGGUGUCUUCAUCCCUUAAAGAGGAAAUUUUGAUGAUCAUGUGUUCGAGGCUGGUGAGAAAAGUACCCAUGUUUCAUAAGUGUGAAUCAAGCAUCAUCAAUGCCAUCGCCUCAGAACUCCAGUAUGAGGUUUUCCAGGAGGGGGAUGUCAUCAUUCGUCAGAAUACUGCAGCUGACCGCAUGUUCUUUAUCGAGCGUGGACAGGUAGUCGUGGAGACUGACUGCUUUCACCAGGAGCUGUCUGAUGGAGACUAUUUUGGAGAGACAUGUCUCCUGACCAGAGGAAGACGUCUGGCUACAGUCCGAGCUCAGACUAUUUGCCAGCUCUUCUUUCUGUCUGUGGAAAGUUUUCACCGUGUCCUUGAAGACUACCCAGAGGCCAUGAAGGAACUCAAGAGAACAAGUCAUCUGGGCAUGAGCUUUGUUUGAUGUCCUUCAAAAAAUACUAAUGGUUAUGUUAAGGGUCCUCCCCAUCAUAUCAUCUUUCCAGAAGGCCAAAUAUAAUAAUAAGUAUGUACAGGAAGAGUUUAUUUUUAGAUGUAUAAUAAAUGAGAUUUCCAUUUGACACUCAGAUUCCUCAGGGACUUUUAAGAUUAAGAUUAAGAUCAUUCUUUAAAGCCAUUUCUGCAGUUCAUUGGAAUUUAGCUUAGCCUUUACAUUUAAUGUAUGUGUGGUGGUAAAACACACACAAACAACGCACACACACACACACACACACACACACACACACACAAACACACUAGUGACUGAGCAGUGAACAUGCACAUUUGAAGCAGUCACUUUAUUCAGCACCCAUGAAUCACGAGGUUUGGAGCUUUGCUUUGGGCACCUCAGCUGUAAAGGUUGCCAGUUCAGGGGAUUUAACCUUCCAGUCCCAGCAAACCUCUCUAACACUUUAGGCCAGGACUGCCCCCAGUCACGUAUGACUUUUACUGUGAUAAUAUGUGAGGAAAUGUAUUGCAAAUGGAAAAAAUAGAAAUUUUCUAAUAUCCUUCUCACACUCAUUUUUGGAGUCCUUUAUGUAGCCCUUGAAAGGACAUGAGGGGAAAACAAUUACGCAGGUUUUUAACGUGAGUGAAAAAAAUACUCUGCUUGUAAAAUGCAAAAUGACUCGACUUGUUAUUUUUUUUAGGGCUGGGAUUACUAAUUAAUAAAUUAUCUUAAGAAAUUAAUUGGAGAAAAAAAAACCUCAUUACUCACUCUGGCCUGUAGAUGGCACUAAUACCUCAUUCACUUUUAUCUCCUCAAACCCACCUGUUCUGCCAGUGCUUAAACUCAGCACGUUUCCUUAAUAUCUUAUGAUACAUCCUGAUCAUGUUAUGAGUUACUACAAAAAAAUAAAAUGCGAAAAGUUUUUUUUCCACAUUAAACCUUUUUCAUGUUAAAACCCAUGUAAUUAUUCCCCAAAAGUCCUUUCAGUGGCUCUGUAUCCUUGUUAUAAACAAAUGAACAACAUUAUUUUGUGUGUUGAGCAUGGUACACUUUUAUUGAUUUUAAUACUCAUUUCUGCACACAAUCUUAAACAAACAACAAUACUCAUACAUCAUACUAGUUCAAUACAAUAGCUACUGAUAGGUGCCCAAUGUAUAUAUAUACUGUAUUUGUGUUGUACCGUAUCAUUGAGCA